GCAGGCUGUGAGCGCACUUCCUGUGUUUAUGGUGUUUGAGGUGUUUGAUCGGUGAUGAUCAGCGGCUCUUCGGUUUCACCGCUCCGGUUCUGAUGCGGCUGGCGGUGAUCGGGUGAGGCGAUGGCCGGGGUUCACUCGCUUUCCGCCGGUUUGGCCGCGGCGCUGCUGCUGUGUUUGGGGGUCUGCGCUCACCGUGGUGGAUCUCCGGUCUUUACCGACCAGAUCCCCUUCAGUAUCAACUGGCCCGGAGAAACUGUGACCCUGCCAACCUCCGGAGCUCUUUAUAAAGAAGAUGAUUUCCUGAUUAUGACCACUGUAGAGAAGGAGAAGUACAAGUGCUUAUUACCUUCCCUGGCCACUGGAGAUGAGGAUGAGGAGAAGGAGUAUAUGGGGCAUUCCCCAGCUAUGCUGCUUGAGCCGUUAUUCAAACAGAGCAGCUGUUCAUACAGAAUUGAAUCAUACUGGACGUACGAGGUUUGUCACGGGAAGCACGUGAGGCAGUAUCAUGAGGAGAAAGAGACCGGUCAGAAACUGAAUAUUCAGGAGUACUACCUGGGGACCCUGAGUAAAUCCACUGAUGCUGGGCCAGAAGUCGAACCUGAUAAAGUGGAUGAUUCUGUCGGUGAGGUGCCGACUAAGAAUAUUGAAGGUCAGCUGACCCCCUACUACCCAGUGGAGAUGGGAAACGGGACUCCUUGUGUCCUAAAACACAACAAGCCUCGUGCCACCUCAGUGCUGUACGUGUGCCACCCUGAUGCCAAGCACGAGAUUCUCUCCAUCGCUGAAGUUACGACCUGCGAAUACGAGGUGGUGGUCCUCACACCACUGCUCUGUGCUCAUCCCAGAUACAGGUUUAAGUCAUCCCCAGUAAAUGCCAUCUUCUGCCAGGCUCUCCCAGGCUCCCCCCUCAGACCCACCAGUCUCUCCCAGCUGGACCAGCAGCAGGAGGAGCUACUCAGACCACACUUUAGUCGUGCCACUGAGAAAGAGGAAGACCACUCCCCUCUGCGAGAAGAGGCUUACACCUCCACUCACAAGCCCCUGGCUGUGGGUGGGCAAGCUCAGGUCACAGUGGGCACUACCCACAUCUCUCGUCUGACGGACGAACAGCUGAUCAAGGAGUUCCUGAGUGGCUCGUACUGUCUGCAUGGGGGUGUCGGCUGGUGGAAAUAUGAACUAUGUUAUGGGAAGCAUGUCCAUCAGUAUCAUGAGGACAAGGAGCAGGGAAAGAGUAUCGUCGUUGUGGGCAACUGGAAUCGUGAAGAACAUUUAGAGUGGGCCAAGAAGAACGUGGCUCGUACCUACCACCUUAAAGAUGACGGAAUGCAGAAAGUGAAGGUGGUGUCUCACUUUUACAGCCAUGGAGAUGUGUGUGACCUCACGGGGAAACCUCGGCAGGUCAUAGUCAAGCUCAAAUGUAAGGAAUCAGAGUCUCCUCAUGCUGUAACGGUGUACCUGCUGGAGCCUCAAACCUGCCAGUAUAUUUUAGGGGUAGAAUCUCCAGUGAUCUGUAAGAUUUUGGACACUGCGGACGAGAACGGCCUGCUCUCUGUCCCGAGCUAGAGGAGCACAGGGAGAUAAAUGUAUGACAGGACACUGUGUUGACAGGACGUUUAUAUUUAUAUAUAACUGAGUGAUUUGUGAGGGGGAGGAGGUUUCUUCUAGAAGAAGCGAAGUGCCUCUUUCCCCUCCUCAUCAGACCCUGACCACUCGCUUUCCCCAGUUGCAUUGGGGAAUCUUCAAAAAAAAAAAAAAAUUGGAACACUUUUUUUAUAUCGUUUUUUUGCGUAACAAUGAAGUGGGGUGUUAUAUGAAACAUUCAACAAAGUUUAGAUAGAAAUCACGAAGCAGUAAUAUGAUAAAACAGUCAUUAAAUUGCCAUAAUACAGAUUCAGACCUCUCUAAGAACUGUGUGGGCAUUGUCUUAAUAUUUUAAUAAGUAGGUGCAUGAAUGACAGCUGUCUAUCACACAGUCCUGUGCAGACUGUGCAGAAUCCAGUGAAGAAUGAUAUUGGUAAAAUACAGAGGUUUAUACUUUGUAUGUUUACCCAGAUUUAGAUUUAGGUUUCCAGGGUAUUUUAAGCAUUUUUUUUCUUCAUGUUCCUCUAAGCACUGUAAAGGGUUCCCACUCACUUUAAACCUAAAGAACCCCUAAAAGUUACUUAAGAAACGUAUACUUUUAACAGUGUACAUCUGAAAAUACGAGACCGUGACCCUGAUCUGCUGGAUCAGCUUCUGUUUCCACCUCUAUAAUUUGCACAUUAUUUUGGCACAUAUUAAUGACUAGACAUGAAUGUCAUUCACUGCAGUUAUAUAUUUAAUGCAAUCAUUUGUUUCUUUAAUUGAAUGGUAAUAAUUAUAUGUUGGGUUGUCUUAUUUUUUAAUUCUCAAUUAAUUUAUUACACCUAAUUUCUGUCAGAGACACCCUUGCUUUUUCGUACUUUGCACUUGGAAGAUUGGAGUUAAGUAGUAAAACAGGGAUUUGAACAUUUAGGAAAGAGUUUCGGUGCAGUUUGCCAAAACCAUCUCUGUGUUUGAACGUCUGAACUGCUGAUAAAUGAUGUCUGGGUUUUCUGAAAGCAUUACGCCACUACAUUUUGGUACACUGCUAAAAUACUGAGGUCUUUGGGUAAAGAUAUACUUGCUGUUAACUACCUGUUAACUAUUUACGCAUGAUUUCUUACACAGCAGCAUCAAACUUAUUUGAAGAUAAGAGGAGCAGCUGUAAAUGUACUCUUGCUGCUCAGCACAGCAACAGAUGCCAAGAGAUCAGCAUCCUUUUAAAAGUCGAUGUGGAAACAUAUACACUAAUAUAGUAACAAGUCCCCUGAUCCUCCAGUAAUACAUUUAGCACUCAGGCAAGUAUGUGAACAGUUACUUUGGACACAGCCGGUGGCCUACACAAACCCAUGGUCAAACAGCAAGUAUAUCUCUAGCCUUAUGUGAACAGGCUUGGGUUGGGAUGAUGAAAGAAUAUCUGAGCCUUUUUAUUAUUGUUAUUUACUUUGUUUAGGUGGUGAUGCCAGCGUUUGGGCUUAUUUUCCUUUAUAAAUGAAGGACAACACAGAAGACGAAUAAAAUAAAAGAAAUGUAAGGAAGUUUAAAACA